AUGGAAAACAAGAUAUAUUUCAAAAUGUGCAAUAAUGGGCAAAUAAGUAUAGAUGAAAUAAAAGAAAAAAUAAAAAAUACGAAAUUGCACGUUCUAACUUUUGCAACACAUGAACAAGGUUAUUUUAAAACACUUAAAGAAAGUUGCAAAAACCUAAACAUAAAUUUAAAGGUAUUAGGGAUGGGAGAGAAAUGGAAAGGAUUUAUAUGGAAAUUAAUAAAAGUAAAAGAAUAUUUAAAUUUGUGUGAUGAUAAUGAUCUAAUUCUUUUUGUUGAUGGUUUUGAUACUUUUUUUGUUCAACCAGCCAAUGUUAUUAUUGAAAGAUAUAUUAUAAAUUAUGACAAUUUUUUUGUAUGUACAAGUGAAAGUACUUUAUCAACUAAUUCUCGUUUCUUAAAAUUUAUAGAAAAAAUGCAUUUAAUUUUCCAUGAUAGCAUCUUUAAAAAUAAUGACAAUACUGAUUGGGACUCCUUAAAUAUAAAAAAAAAAUAUGAAAAUUUUACCUUUUUUUAUAAUAAUUUAAAUUUACUUAAUUCAGGAGGAUGGAUAAGUAAUGUUUUUUUAGCAAAAAAAAUUUUACAAUACAUACCUUCUUUUAUUGAUAAUGAUCAAGUGUUUUUAACAAACUUAUAUUUAGAUUCCAAUUAUAUCUUAAAAUUGAAAGGAAAAAUAAGUUCAAGGGACAGCAAAAAAAUACUAGAAUGUGAUAUUCUAAAAAAUAUUGAAUACUACAAUAAAAUUAUUAUUGACAAUCAUAAUAUUAUAUUUCAUUUAUUUAGAGGAAAAAAUGAUUUAAUCCUACUAAAUUAUGCAGACUGUAUAAAAUAUUUUCCUUAUAAACCUUUAUUAAAUAUAUAUUACUUAAAUGAUGAAAAAAAAGAAAAAAUUAUUUAUGAAAAUUCAUUGAAACCGAAAAAAAAAAAAAAAAAUUUUAUAAAUACUAUUAUAAACUAUAUAAAAGAAUUGUUCAUAAAAAAUAAAAAAGACAUUAAUUGUGAUAAUAAUGAUGAUGAUUUAAAAAAAAUUAUGUUAGUAAUUAUGUUAGUAAAAGAAAAAUAUAAAAAUAAAAAUGAAUGGAGAAAACAAAAAUCAUUUUUAGAUAAUGUUUACAUUGAUAAUAUAAGAAAAAUUGGGCAAAUUGAAAAAACAUUUAAUUACUCUGUUGUUGAUGUAUAUACGUGCUCAUCUCCUUGUAUUCUUCAUAUACACUGUUUAAGAAAUGUUGAUGAUAUAAUUCUUAACAUUGGAUUAAAAAAUAUAUAUAAUUCUAAAUGGUAUGGACACAUAUGGUAUUUAUUUUAUAGCUUAAAAGAUACUUUGAAUUUUAAUUAUUUUAGUCUUUUAUUUUCUACAGUAGUUGCAUUUGUUACUUUUAUCUUAAUUUACCUUAAAUAUCUUUUAAAUUUUUUAAUAUAUAUAGAUACUAAUUUCUAUAUAAAUAAUAUUAAAAAAAUAACUUACGUAAACAAAACCAUGUUGUUACUAAAUGAUAUUGAAAUUUCUUGUUUUCUAUCUUUUAUAUUAUCAUUUCUAUUUUGGAUUUUUUAUAUUUUUAAUAAAGCUAUAAUAUAG